UGUUGUCAAGGCUCACCCAGCUGAGAUAACAAGAAUGUCGAGGCAUUCUUUUAACGGAGCUAACACAUUAUGUAUUUAACUCUAUCUUUUCCCCCAAAAUGACUCAACCCUAAUUAGAAGAAGAGAGCAUCGCGAUUCAGCCCACCGCGACUCAGCCAUCGCGAUUCACGAAUUCAGCCACCAACUGCCGCCAUCUACAGUAUUUGCAGGUAUCAUGAUAUAUGAAUUGUGUUUUCAUCACAAAAUCCUCGCAUUCGAAGAAAGCAAAAAGAAUGGGGUCAAGAUUUGAUGAUCUCCGUCUCCAAACCCUCUCGGAAUGCGUAUUUCCCCCCGCUUUUUCUCUCUAAAAUCUUCACCUCACUUUCUCUCUCUACCACUCCUAUAUCAUAAUACCACCAAACCUUUCUCUUUAUCUUCUUCAGCUAUGGAAUCCGAAUCCACUUGUAUUUUAGUACUUGCUGGAAAAUCAGCUGCCGACAAGGAACUGGCUAAUUAUAUGAAAGCUAGCAAUAUCCCCAAACUCCCUGACAUUCGGGAUGUUUCGCUGCUUUUACAUGAAGAGUCUCUGAAUGAAGAAUCCUUUCGAAUAAAUUCAUAUAUGAACUCUCUUUCAACUACCUGCUUCGGACGGUUUCUUAUUUGGUCUCCGCGUUUGCCUUCAACUCAUGAUGUUGUUUCAAAAAAUUUUGAAGAGCUUCCUGUUGGCUCAGUAUGUGUUGCUGAUGUUCAAUAUAAAGGCCGAGGCCGCUCGAUGAAUGUUUGGGAAUCUCCAAAAGGUUGUCUUAUGUUUUCAUUUACAAUACAAAUGGAAGAUGGUAGAAUUGUUCCACUUGUACAGUAUGUCGUGAGUCUUGCUAUGACAGAGGCUAUAAAUGAUGUCUGCACUAAAGAUGGUGUUCCAUAUCUUGAUGUCAGAAUAAAGUGGCCCAAUGAUUUGUACUUGGAUGGUCUUAAAGUGGGAGGCAUCCUGUGCACAUCGACUUAUAGAUCAAAGAAGUUUAAUGUUAGUGCUGGAUUAGGUUUGAAUGUUGAUAAUGAGAAACCGACUACAUCCUUAAAUGCCAUCCUUAAAAAGUUGACUACAGUUUCUUACCAACUGCAGCGGGAAGAUAUUGUUUCCGCCUUCUUCAAUAAGUUUGAGAUUUUUUUUGAUCUUUUUGCAACUCAAGGAUUCAAACCUCUUGAAGAGCUAUACUACAAGACAUGGCUACAUAGUGGUCAGAGGGUCAUUGUAGAGGAAAAGAAUGAUGACAAGGACCAUGGAAGACAAAGUAUGGUUACCAUUCAGGGUUUGACAUCUUCAGGAUAUCUAUUAGCGAUAGGUGAUGAUAAUCAGAUGUGUGAGCUUCACCCAGAUGGCAAUAGUUUUGACUUCUUCAAAGGCCUUAUCAGAAGAAAAUUAGCGUAAGCAAGAUUCAGUGGCAUAUACCAACAACUUCAUUUUGUUUAUCAGUGUAUAAUCCUUCUUUAUCUGUUAUACAUGGUCAAAAUCUUUUCUGCUCUGAAGUCUAUACCAUAUUUUAUUGAGUUUUGGUCAAGCACAUCAUUUUACAAUUCAAAUUUUUAUCUGAUUGAAAUUUAAAUGUUUACAAUUUCUUGUUCAGCUGCAACUAAAGUUGUAUAUCUUCCGUACGCUAUUUAAUAAUGAUCUACAUGAUUUGUAUUUCAGUUCGAA